UAUAGUUUUGUCAACAAAAGUCCACUGUGUCUCAACAGGGACCUAGACCUUGAAGGGUAUCCUGAAUCUCUAGCUGGAGUCAUGUCCACUGCGGCCAGGUGUGAGGUGACCGGAACGGGACUUCCUGCAGACUAAACGGGCGUAAGCAUUUCUGCAGAACACCCAUGUCUUGCUCCAGUUCAGCCCAUGGCCUGCAAAGCCAGGGACAGGAAAUGGCUGUGGCGGAGCCGGUGACUUUCAAGGAGGUGGCUGUGUAUUUCUCUGUGGAGGAAUGGGCUCUGCUAGACCCAGGCCAGAGAGCCCUCUACUGGAAUGUGAUGCAGGAGAAUUACGAGGCUGUGAGUUGGCUGGGUUGCAAAACACGCAUGUCUUGCUCCAGCGCAGCCCGUGGCCUGCAGAGCCAAGGAAAGGAAAUGGCUGCGGUGGAGCUGGUGACCUUCGAGGAGGUGGCUGUGUAUUUCUCUGAGGAAGAAUGGGCUCUGCUGGACCCGGGACAGAGAGCCUUAUACUGGGAUGUGAUGCGGGAGAAUUAUGAGGCUGUGAGCUGGCUGGGAUUUCCAGUCUUCAAAACUCAUGUGAUCUCCUGGGUGAAGCAAAGGGAGGAGCUGUGGAUCCCAGAUCUCCACGGCUAUGUGGAAGGGGAGAUCAUUAACGACACCCACACAGGUGAUGGGAUGCUGAGUGAGAAUAAUGAGGAGAGUCUUCAGCAAGAAGAACCAGAGCAAGUGGCUCCAUUUGGGCUAUUACUAGGAAGAUCUGAAGGAUAUGUUUCCCAGAGUUCUGAGCAGAGUGAGAGCUGUGAAUGGCAGCAGGGAAAUUAUCCAGGAGAGGGACAUAAUAAAUUCAGUCACAAGAGCAGAGGGGAAAAAAGAAGUCAGUGGUUUCUGGAACAGAAAAUCCCCCAUCAACAGCCAUCCUCCACUUGCAGUGACUGUGCAACUCUUAUUGAACAUGAAAGAACCCACACAGAAGAAAAGCACUUCCAAUACUCUGACUGUGGGGAAAGCUUCAGUCAGGGCUCAUACCUUACUAACCAUCAGAUAAUACAUACAAUAGAGAUACCCCAUAACUACUCUGAUGGUGGGAAAACCUUCAAUAAGAGUUCAGCCCUUGUUAUAAAUAGGAGAACCCACACAGUAAAGAAACCUUUCAACUGCUCUGACUGCGGGAAAAGCUACAAUUGCAGGUCAUACCUUGUUAUUCACAGAAGAAUCCACACAGGGGAGAAACCCUUCAGCUGCUCUGACUGCACAAAAAGAUUUUAUCAGAGAUCACACCUUAUUACCCAUAGGAGAACACACACAGGAGAGAAACCUUUCAGCUGCUCUGACUGCGGGAAAAGCUUCAGUCUACACUCAAAUCUUGUUAGACACAGGAGAACCCACACGGAGGAGACACCUUUCCAUUGCUCUGACUGUGGGAAAAGCUACAGUUGCAGUUCACACCUUAAUACAUAUUGGACAAGCCACAAAGGGGAGAAACCCUAUGACUGCCUUGACUGUGGGAAAAGCUUUAGUGAGAACUCAGACCUUGUUAAACAUAAGAGAGCUCACACAGAGGAGAAACCCUUCAACUGCUCUGACUGUGGGAAAAGCUUCAGUAGGCGUUCAAAACUUGUUAUACAUAAGAGAACCCACACAGGAGAGAAACCAUUCAACUGUUCAGACUGUGGGAAAAGCUUCAGUCUGCGCUCAAAUCUUGUUAGACAUACGAGAACCCACACAGGGGAAAAACCCUACAUCUGCUCUGACUGUGGGAAAAGCUACAGUUGCAGCUCACACCUUAAUGUACAUUGGAGAAGCCACAAAAUGGAGAAACCCUUUGACUGCCCUGACUGCGGUAAAAGUUUAAAUGAGAGCUUAGACCUUGUUAAACAUAAGACAGACCACAUAGGAGAGAAACUCUUCAACUGCUCUGACUGUGGGAAAAGCUUCAAUAAGAGUUCACAACUUAUUUUACAUAGUAGAACCCACACAGGAGAGAAACCCUUCAGCUGCUCAGACUGUGGGAAAAGCUUCAGUCUGCGCUCAAAUCUUGUUAGACACACGAGAACCCACACAGGGGACAAACCAUUCAGCUGCUCUGACUGUGGGAAGAGAUACAGUUGCCGCUCACACCUUAAUGUACAUUGGAGAAGCCACCAAGAGGAGAAAGCUUUUGUCUGCUCUGACUGUGGGAAGAGAUACAGUUGCCGCUCACACCUUAAUGUACAUUGGAGAAGCCACCAAGAGGAAAAAGCUUUUGUCUGCUCUGAUUGUGGGAAAAGCUUCAGAGAGAGCUCAGAUCUUGUUAAACAUAGGAGAGACCACACAGGGGAGAAACCCUUCAGCUGCUCUGACUGUGGGAAAAGCUUCGAUAGGAGUUCACAACUUAUUUUACAUAGGAGAACCCACACAGGAGAGAAACCCUUCAGCUGCUCAGACUGUGGGAAAAGCUUCAGUCUGCGCUCAAAUCUUGUUAGACACACGAGAACCCACACAGGGGACAAACCAUUCAGCUGCUCUGACUGUGGGAAGAGAUACAGUUGCCGCUCACACCUUAAUAAACAUCAGAGAAGCCACAAAGGAGAGAAACCCUUUGACUGCCCUGACUGUGGGAAAAGCUACAGUAAGAGUUCAGACCUUGUUACCCAUAGGAGAACCCACAAAGGGGAGAAACCCUUCACUUGCUCUGACUGUGGGAAAACCUACCGUCAAAGUUCAGAUCUUGUGACACAUAGGAGAACCCACACAGGGGAGAAACCCUUCAGUUGCACAGUCUGUGGGAAAAGCUUCAAUCAGAGAUCACAUCUUGUUACUCAUUGGAGAACCCACACAGGGGAAAAGCCGUUCACUUGCCCUGACUGUAAGAAAAGCUUCAGUCUGCGUUCAAAUCUUGUUAGGCAUAAGAGAACCCACAUAGGAGAAACCCUUCAUCCGCUCUUUCAUCCCUAUGCAGGAUUCCCCAUUCCCAAACCUGAUCUGAUUGCCUGGCUGGUCCCAGAUCUCCAGCCCUGCAAAGAAAUGGAGAUCCUGAGAGGCAACCCCACAGCAGGUGCUAGGACAGUGAGGGAGAACAAGGAGGACAAUCGACAGCAGGAAGAUCCCGGAAGUGUAGAACCACAGGGAACAUUUUUGAGAGGAGCUGAAGGGGAUUUUUCCCAGUGUGUAGAACGGGUGAAAGCCUGGGGAAAUCGACAUAGUGCAGAGAAUCAACUGGAGAACAAUCCAAGCAGGAAAGCAGAGGAAUCCAUUGAAUGUGGAAGAAGAUCCGAGGAUCCCAAGGAAACUCCAGCCCAGCAAACAGAUAACAAUGGAAAGAAACCCUGUGAAUGCUCAGACUGCGGGAAAAGAUUCAGUGAGAAGUCUGACCUUACUCUGCCCCAGAAAGGGCACACAGGAGAGAGACUCUGCAAGUGCCUGAAGUGUGGAAAAAGUUUGAUUGAACUGUCAUCCCCUAUUGAACAUGAGAUUGUCCCCAUGGGAGAGAAAUCCCAUAAAUGCUUAGACUGUGGGAAAAGCUUCGCUUUGAGAUCACUCCUUAAUAGACAUCAGAAAACCCACACUGGAGAGCGGCCAUAUAGAUGCUCGGAAUGUGGGAAAACCUUCAAUCAGAGCUCAUACCUUAAUAUUCAUCAGAGAGUGCACACAGGAGAGAGACCAUAUAAAUGCCAUGAGUGUGGGAAAGGUUUCACUCAGCAAUCUACCCUCAUUAGACAUAAGAGAACCCACACAGGAGAGAAACCAUAUAAGUGCUUUGAAUGUGGGAAAGGCUUCAGUCAGAGCUCACACCUUAUUAUUCAUCAGAGACUGCACACAGGAGAGAGACCAUAUAAAUGCUAUGAGUGUGGGAAAGAUUUCACUCACCGAUCCGCCCUUACUGCCCAUGAGAUAACCCACAUGGGAGAGAGUCCGUAUAAAUGCUAUGAGUGUGGGAAAGAUUUCACUUGGCGGUCAGCCCUUACUGUCCAUGAGAGAACCCACACAGGAGAGAGACCAUAUAAAUGCCAUGAAUGUGGGAAAGGUUUCCCUCGAUGGUCAGCCCUUUGUGCCCAUGAGAGAACCCACAAAGGAGAGAGCCCCUAUAAGUGCCAUGAAUGUGGAAAAUAUUUCACUCAGAAAUCAGCCCUUACUGCCCAUGAGAGAAUCCACACAGGAGAGAGACCACAUGAAUGCCAUGAAUGUGGGAAAGGUUUCACUCGGCGAUCAGCGCUUUCUGCCCACGUGAGAAUCCACAGUGGGGAAAGACCAUAUAAAUGUCUUGACUGUGGGAAAUAUUUCACUGAGCGAUCAGCCCUCAUUAGACAUGAGAGAAUCCACACAGGAGAGAGACCAUACAAAUGCCAUGAAUGUGGGAAAAGCUUCCCUGAGGCAUCAGCCCUCAAUGGACAUAAGAGACUCCACACCGGGGAGAGACCAUAUAAAUGCCUUUACUGUGGGAAAAGCUUCCGGCACGCCUCACACCGUACAAGACAUCAGAGAAUCCACACAGGUCCUGAAUCAGCAAAUCCCCCGGGGAAGAAACCUGUCAGAGUUCAUUAUCUCCAGCUGUCUCCAUUUUCUCCAGGAUGCCUCACUGACUGCUCCAACCACAGAUUCUCCAUACCCAAACCUGACCUGAUCACCCAACUGGAUCGAGGGGAAGAACCGUGGGUCCCAGAUCUCCAGCCCUCCAAAAAAUUGGAGAUCCUGAGAGGCACCCGCACAGGUGCUAGGACAGUGGGGGAGAACAAGGAGGACAAUCGACAGCAGGAAGAUCCUGGAACUGGAGAACCACAGAGAACAUUCUUGAGUGGAGCUGAAGGGCAUUUUUCCCAGUGUGUAGAACAGGGGGAAGCCUGGGGAAAUCGACACAGGACAGAGAGGCAGGUAGAGGCCAUUAAAUGUGGGGGAGGAUCCGACGAUCCCAAGGACAUUCCAGCCCAGCAGACAGAUGACAAUGGAAAGAAAUCCUGUGAAUGCUCAGACUGUGGGAAAAGAUUCAGUGAGAAGUCUGACCUUACUCUGCCCCAGAGAGGGCACACAGGAGAGAGACUCUACAAGUGCCUGAAGUGUGGAAAAAAUUUGAUUGAACUGUCAUCCCGUAUUGAACAUGAGAUUUUCCACAUGGGGGAGAGAUCCCAUAAAUGCUUUGAAUGUGGUAAAAGCUUCGCUUUGAGAUCAGUCCUUAAUAGACAUCAGAAAACGCACACAGACGAGAGACCUUAUAGAUGCUUGGAAUGUGGGAAAAGCUUCAGUCAGCGGUCAAGCCUUAUUGUACAUCAGAGACUCCACACAGGAGAGCGGCCAUACAAAUGCCAUGAAUGUGGGAAAGGUUUCACUGAGCAAUCUGCCCUUGUUAAACAUGAGAGAACCCACACUGGAGAGAGGCCUUAUAGAUGCUCCGAAUGUGGGAAAACCUUCAGUCAGAGCUCAUACCUUAAUAUUCAUCAGAGAGUGCACACAGGAGAGAGACCAUAUAAAUGCCACAAUUGUGGGAAAGGUUUCACUGAGCAAUCCACCCUCAUUAGACAUGAGAGAACGCACACGGGAGAGAAACCAUAUAAGUGCUUUGACUGUGGGAAAAGCUUCAAUCAGAGCUCAUACCUUAUUGUUCAUCAGCGACUGCACACAGGAGAGAGGCCAUAUAAAUGCUAUGAGUGUGGGAAAGAUUUCACUCACCGAUCAGCUCUUGUUGUCCAUGAAAGAACCCACACGGGAGAGAGCCUAUAUAAAUGCCAUGAGUGUGGGAAAGGUUUCACUGAGAAGUCAGCCCUUACUGUCCAUGAAAGAACCCACACAGGAGAGAGACCAUAUAAAUGCCUCAAAUGUGGGAAAGAUUUCACUCAGCGAUCAGCCCUUACUUCCCAUGAGAGAAUUCACACAGGAGAGAGACCAUAUAAAUGCCACGAAUGUGGGAAAGGUUUCACUCAGCGAUCAGCCCUUACCGCCCAUGAGAGAAUCCAUACAGGGGACAGACCAUAUAAAUGUCUUGACUGUGGGAAAUAUUUCACAGAGCGAUCAGCCCUCAUUAGACAUGAGAGAAUCCACACAGGAGAGAGACCAUGUAAAUGUCACGAAUGUGGGAAAAGUUUCACUGAACAAUCAGCUCUCGUUGGUCAUGAGAGAACUCACACCGGGGAGAAACCGUAUAAAUGCCUUGACUGUGGGAAAAGCUUCCGGCACGCCUCACACCGUACAAGACAUCAGAGAAUCCACACAAGUCCUGAAUCAGAAAAUCCCCGAGGGAAAAAACUUCUCAGUGUUCAUUAGCUGGUGUGUAAAACACUUCUAUUAGCGCUUGGGCACCGGCGACCACUCCACUUCCAAGGGAAAUUCUCUCUGUUCCCUGCCUAAUUCCCACACACAGAUGAGAGGCAUUUGGCUCCCAGGGGUCCAGCUGUC